AUGCUUUUUGGGUCACGGCGAGACUCUCGGCUUACAGGAUGUCACUGGAGCAACAUGUAUUGCAGGCCAUGGCUGGUGCCUGCCGUUUCUGCAUCACUUCCGCGAGGUGUGCAAAACGGCCAUGAUUCCCGGAGAUUCCAAGGCGCGAGAUCGGAUCAGAGAUGCAGACAUUUGAGAUGGCUGACUCCAUUUGUGCUUGGGGGCCGCAUCCGAUGCCUUGCCCAAAGAUCAGACCCAGAGCCCCCGGUGCAGAAGAUUGUAGCCCAAGAAUCUCCGAGUGAUGAGCCGAGUAUCUCAUCCAAGGAGCCGGUCCUCACUGCCUCCUCGGCCGAAUCUGUGAAGAGCAGAGGGCAACCUUGGCCUUCGACCCCUCCAGAGCCUUCAACUCCACCUGUCGCCAAAGCGCUCGAGUCGCCAGUGUCUUCCGCUGAUGCCGAGGACUCUACAACCAACUUGGCAUUAGAGCUCGAAGAGGCAUUUGUGGACAUGGUGGCUCCAGCAGGAGACUCCGAGUCAUCUGAGGACGAGGAGGACGAGGACGAGGACGAGGAUGGGCUCGAAAGGAUCAUGGGCUUGGAGGCCUUGCAAUCUGUUGGCAGAGAACCCACUCCCCCACCUGCUUCAUGCAGCCAGCGCAGUGAGGAGUUCCCAAACCUGCCAAUCUGUGAAAUGGAACAAGAGGUGCUGAAGCAGGUCAGGGAACAUCGAGUUGUCACCAUCAUUGGCGGAACUGGUUGUGGCAAAUCCACGCAGGUGCCCCAGUUCAUUGUUCGAGAUGCGGCGGCCAAACAGGAGCCCUGCAACAUUCUGGUGACGCAACCCAGGCGUUUGGCUGCGACCAGCUUGGCCAGGCGAUGUGCUGAAGAACUAGGCUUAUCCAUGGGUGUUGAGGUUGGCUAUCGAAUACGUGGCGAGACUGUUCCUGGGGAUCACCUCUCCUUCGCAACAGCUGGCUACCUUCUGAGUUGGCUCACAGCUGCUCCCGAAGGUGUUCAGAGCAUGACUCACCUCAUCCUAGAUGAAGCUCACAUCCGAAGUGCCGACAUGGAGCUUUUGCUCCUCAUGAUACGGCUGUUCCUGCGUAUCAACGACCGGUUGCGAGUGAUUCUGAUGUCUGCCACCAUGGAAGCAGGCUUCUUUGGCAACUACUUUUCUGAGUCCGGCAAGGAGCCACCCAAGCCACUCUAUGUUGGUGGACGACUCUUCCCAGUGAACGUUUUCACCCUAGACGACCUUGCUCAAGGAAAGAAGCCUGGUGGCAAGCUCUCAGGCCCUUUGAAGAGGAAAAUCAAAUCUGCCGCAGAAAAGGCCUUCAAGCCAGACAUGAUGAAGUCACUCACAACACGGAAGAGGGGGACUCGUCUUGAGAGUCUUCUGAUGCCAAAGGUGGAUGUACGGAUCCGCGAAGCCGUCCAGGAGUUGAUUCCUGAGGUUGCAGAGGGGGGGUCGACGAUCCUCGUCUUCAUCCCAGGCUAUGCAGACUUGGUCCGCAUGCAUAGCUGGCUCUAUUGGAAUCUGCCUACGGUUGGGUCAGUGAACAUGGGCUAUGUGCCUCCGAAGCCUGAGCAGCUACCAGAAGAUGAUGAAGAGGAAGAGCAGGAGGAUUUGGAGGAGUUUCAGGAGCUCCAGGGAAUGGAGGGCCCACUCUCAGAUCCCCCUCACGUGAGGAAAAUGGAUGAUGUCAAGGAAGAUGCAACAGGCAGUGUGAGGUUUCGGCUUUUUGCUUUGCAUUCGCAGGUUGCUCAAGAAGAUCAGGAGCUAGUUCUUCAGAAGCCCCCCCCAAACAUGUGCAACGUAGUGCUGGCCACGACCAUUGCCGAGUCCUCCCUGACCUUGCCCGAAGUGAUUGGCGUGAUUGAUUUUUGUGUGCACAAGACCAGUGUGGGUGAACCAAGCCAGAUGGGUUUAUCAAAGAUUGUGGCACAGUGGUGUGCCCAAGCUGCUUGUGUGCAGCGUGAAGGCCGUGCCGGCCGAACACAACCUGGAUGGUGUAUCCGAAUGGUUCCUGAACAGGUCUUUGAUGCGCUUCCAGAGUAUGAUGUGCCAGAAAUUUUGCGCACCCCUUUGACCACAUUGUACCUCAAAGCGAAAGGCAUAGCUGAUGGUUUGGGCCAGCUCGUUCUAAAGGAUGAAACUUCGGCCAAACAGCUGUCCGCUUUCCUGGAAACUGCUACACCAGGUCAACUUCUAGAACAAUUACUGGCCCCUCCGACAACAAAGGCCAUCGACGCAGCUGUUUAUCAGCUAGCACAGUUGGCAGUUCUGACCGAGGAAUCGACACAGGCGAAAGUCACAGUGUUGGGGCGCUUGGCACUCUUCUUGCCACUGGACAUCCAGCUUUGCCGCCUCGUUUGGCUUGGCUGCCUUCUUGGUUGUCCGGCGGAGGCAGUUGUGAUGGCAGCAGCCUGUAGUGUACCGUCGCCCUUUUCCAAUCCUUCGAGGCUUGGCUUUCAAGACCCCGAGGAGUUCACGAAGCAAUUGGCAGACACAGCGGCAGCCUGGCGCUCCUUUGAUGGAGGCCACUGCUCGGAGCAUCUGACCUUCCUUCGGCUUUUCCAGGCAUGGCUUCGCCGGCUCUCGGCAACACCUGUCCGCAGUGCUUCGCAGCAGAGGUGGUUUCGAGCCACCCACAUGCUAGAAAAGGAUGCAGCAAUUGAUGCUUCACGCAUGACUGCUUUUGUUGCCUUUGUGGCUGACUUGGCCGUUCGAUGCAGGGACUUGUGCAGCAAUGAGCGCGAUACAGCCACUUCAUGUCAAGUUCGUGCUGACCUUCAUGGAUUGGUGUGCCUACUACGGCGUCCUGACAAGAAUCGGGAGCAGCAACAGGCACUGAUUAGUGACGACUAUGUGCCAGAUAUUGGCGACGUUUUUCGCGCUCCUGCCAGGAAGCUCUACGCAUUGCUUGCCACUGCCUUCUCCGACACAUUGCUAGUGGGGAGUCACAUCGCAAAGGAUGGUGACAUGCUUGAUGCGCUAGAUAUGCUAGAUCCCAGUGGGGUUGCAUCCCAAGAUGCUGUGCUCAUUCCACAGCAUGGAAUCAAACGGUCAGAUAGCCAGGUGUCCACACUCUUGGAGACCAUAACAGGUCAAGCUCCUUCGGACAUUGCUCAGAGCAGUCGAUUCAUCGCAGUGAAAUUCAGAACGGAAGAUGUAGAUGACACCAAGAUAUCGUUGGUCUCCCGUCGCCAUGAUCCACGGACCAUGGGCCUGGGUCCAGCUGAAGAACCACGCUUGAUGGGUGUGAACAUGUUGCCCAGGCUGUGUCACAUGUCUGCCGGUGGUCCACGAAGGUUUUCCAUCGGUGAGGCUCCGUUUGCCAGAGCGACGUCGCCCUACGAGCUGGAGUUCAGUGUAGUUCACGAAGCCCGAGGCAACCGGCGGACGAUGCUUGGAGUGGUGGGUGAGCAGACGCCUUUAGGCUUUGCUUGUCAUGUCGUGGCAGAUGGGCGUUUGGGCUCUGAGCACUUUGCUUGUGUGGCCUCACAGAUGACCUUGUCCGAGUUUGGCGCACGAGUCAGCAAUGCAACUCUGCUGACAGCAGAGGAGAUGGUCUUCGCGCUCAUCACCAAAUGUUCAACUCUGAUUCCUUUUCAGCUGGGCUUUGGCCAAGGUCCUGGAGGAACAGCCACAGGUUCCCACGCUGGACUCAUGGGCCUUCGCUUUCAGCGGGAGGAUGAGGUGCACUUCCAAAGAUUUUUGCCUGGCGAGGCCACCCUGAGCAAGGUCAAUGCCAUCAGAACUGCGAUCAUGGAGAAUUUGGUGAGCCCAGCUGAGGCCAAUUCAGAUGGACAAGAGAUUUUGUUGUGGGAGGAUUUUGAUGCCCAGAAAGAUUUCGAAGAGCUCAUCCGCAUUGUGCAUGACUCUGAGACGGUCGAAGAGAUGGGUGGGCUCUAUGGUGCUGAGUCUCAUCCCAUUUUCUGGAUCGGUCAUCGACCAAACUUGCGGAAACAAGGCAGUGAUGAGGAUGCUGAAGAGGAAAACGAAGAGGAAGAUCUGGAAGAUGCAGAAAUCCAAGCUUUACAACCAAUUGCUAUCCGGAUGGCUGGAAUGGAAGACUCUGUCGCCCUCAGAACCGCCAGACUAAGUCCGCAAAUCGAGCACAGCCUUGAGUGCCCUGAUUGUGGCGAGUGUUUUGAUGAUUGGCCCAGCUGUCGUGAGCACUUGGCGCUGACAGGGCACCUCGAUGUGUCGAACAAACAAGCGGAGAGUAGGGCUCGUCAGCAGUGUCAGCCUGUUCGCUGGCGUUGCCUUGAAUGUUUCGAAGGCUUUCCAAGCCUUGAAAAGCUAGACAAUCAUUUGAAGCAGUCGGGCCACUUGAGUUGGGCCGACCCAAAGACUCAGCGAAAUCUUUGCAAGCCCCGGCGGAUGCCGGACUUCGAUGACGACAGUGAGGUUUCAGAGGCCGCACCUGCAGAAUCGGCGAUGCCUUCCGGCGGCUUCUUCCGCUCUUUGGGGUCAUCACUUUGGACCAACUCCGCCAAGAAGACCUCACAGAUCAGCCACCCAGAUGCAAAGACUGAAGCAAUGAUAGAGGAAAGCACCCUGACAGCAUCUGCCAAGGACCUGCUUCGUAGAUGUGCUGCAUACGAUGCACGACAUGUGGUAACACAAUUACGCUCCAUAGGUCAUGAUGUCAAGGAUCCAGACAAGUUUGUGAAGGGAAUCCUCAAGAACCUGAGUGAUCAGGGAUUGAUCACUUCAAUCGAAAAGGAUGCCUUGCUUCUGCGGCUGGAUGCUUUUGAUUUAGAUGCAAGCUCAAUGCAGCGUCUCCAAAGAAUGCCAAACGAGGCCGUUGAAGAAGUGGUCCAGAGAAUGCAGAAUGCUGACACCAGGAUGGACUUGUCUGCGGCAUCCAUGCACCUUUUGAGUCUAAUCAAAGAGGUGGAAGCCAAUGGACAACCAAUGGCAAAAACGAAAGCUAAAGCCGCCAAACAGCCUGCUGCCAGCAGUCAGGACAAGGUUGCCAAAAAGAAGGUGCUGGAUGAGCCAACCAUUCCGCCUGUGCCAAACCUUCAAGUAGUGGAGGACCUGGGGGAGAAAGAACCGCCCUCACAGAUCAGCCACCCAGAUGCAAAGACUGAAGCAAUGAUAGAGGAAAGCACCCUGACAGCAUCUGCCAAGGACCUGCUUCGUAGAUGUGCUGCAUACGAUGCACGACAUGUGGUAACACAAUUGCGCUCCAUAGGUCAUGAUGUCAAGGAUCCAGACAAGUUUGUGAAGGGAAGCCUCAAGAACCUGAGUGACCAGGGAUUGAUCACUUCAAUCGAAAAGGAUGCCUUGCUUCUGCGGCUGGAUGCUUUUGAUUUAGAUGGAAGCUCAAUGCAGCGUCUCCAAAGAAUGCCAAACGAGGCCGUUGAAGAAGUGGUCCAGAGAAUGCAGAAUGCUGACACCAGAAUGGACUUGUCUGCGGCAUCCAUGCACCUUUUGAGUCUAAUCGAUGAGGUGAAAGCCAAGGGGCAACCCAUAGCCAAAAAGAAGGUGCUGGAGGCGCCAACCAUUCCGCCUUUGCCAGACCUUGAGGAGGACAAAGUCGUUGGAAAGCCAAAGGCCAAAGCUAAAGCUGCGAAACGGUCUUCUGCGGCCAGUCAGAGCAAGGUGGCCAAAAGGAAGCUGCCUUUUCCACCUGUUCCAGAUGUAGGGACGAUGGAGGAGGAAAGGCCACCUAUGCCACCCUUGCCGCUUUUGCCAGAGUUGGACCGAGGCUAA